GAAUUUGUUUUCUCAUAAAAAGAAAAAUAUUUUUAAUUUAUUAAAAAAGAAAAAAUUAAUAUAUUUAGAUAUAAUAAAAUCUAUAUUACUGAUAGACGUCAAUCCAAACUUAAUUGUCUUAUAA